UCACUUUUGCUCUCAACAAUGAAAAGAGACUACUGCUUUAACUGGUUUUUCAGUUCCUUGCUUCUGGGCUGCACCGUUGCUCUGGGGAGUCAGACUUGGACAGGACCAUGCCCUCCAUGGGGACCCUGAAGGAUCCCAGCUUUGGCCAGCACUUCCGGGUGAUGGUGCUCUGCACAGUGCUCCUACAAAUGCUCCUGCAAACGCUGUCUAUGGCUGUGACUUAUGUGUACUUCACUAACCAGAUGAAGCAGCUGCAGAACAAACACUUCAGAAGUGGACUGGAUUGCCUGUUAGAGGAGGAUGAGGAUUCCUGGAGCCCCACUGAAGAGGAGAUCCGACACUGUCUGCAGACUAAGAAGCAGCUGUAUCAGCUCAUUGAAGAGGUGACUUUGAGAACUGUUGAGGAAACCAUGACUACAGUUCAAGAAAAGCAGCUAAGUAUUCCUUUCCCGCCCAGAAGUAGGAAACCUCAGAGAGUGGCAGCCCACAUUACCGGAAUCAGUCGGAGAAGCAGCUCAGCCUUAACUCUGAUGCCCAAGGAUGGAAAGACCUUGGGCCAGAAGAUAGAAUCAUGGGAGUCAUCUAGGAAAGGGCAUUCGUUCCUCAACUAUUUGCUUUUGAGAAAUGGAGAGCUGGUCAUCCAGGAACAGGGCCUUUAUUACAUCUAUUCCCAGACAUACUUCCGGUUUCGAGAGAAUGAAGACUCUUCCAAGAUGGUCUCAAAUAGAGGCCAAAACAAGCAAAUGGUACAGUACAUCUACAAAUACACCAGCUAUCCAGACCCCAUCAUGUUGAUGAAAAGUGCCAGAAACAGCUGCUGGUCCAGAGAUGCAGAAUACGGACUGUAUUCUAUCUAUCAAGGGGGACUGUUUGAGCUGAAAGAAAACGACAGGAUCUUUGUUUCUGUGACAAAUGAGCAUUUGAUGGACUUGGACCAAGAAGCCAGCUUUUUUGGAGCCUUUUUAAUUAACUAAAUGAUCUACAAAGAUCAGAGUUCUAAAAUGCCCAGUCAUCUAGGGUGAUGACUCUGGUUUGUGGUGUCUCCAGAUACUAUGCAGAAGUUCAUGCUCCAUGCUCCUGCUGACUUUACAGGGCAAGGAAGCUACUUUUGCAGUGGUAUGGAUGACUGAAGAAUCACAGUUAGAAAGAAGGACAUAGAAAGUUUCUGUGAUAACUUCUACCCACAACCCAAAUAUACUAACAGCCUAGACAGGAAGCCAUCCGUUGAAGAGAACUAUUAAAAAUUGUGAUAAGGAUGCUGAUGUAUAGCUCUCCACUGAUGACUACUGUUGGUAUGUGUGGGGAAGGACUCAGUUUUCUUGAAGGGGUGACCUUGGGAGUUUGACCAUAUUCCAAUAAGUAUAUGGGAAACACACAUUGGACUUUUGGGGGGGGGUCACAAGAGUGGAGGGUGGGCCUGGGAGGACUGGGAAAUGAGUAUGAUUGGGUUAUGAUUUUCCAAAUAGUCAAUGAAAAUAUUGUGUUGAAAGAAAUCACAGAAUCUCUCACCUUGAACAUUAGGAGAUUGUAUGUGUGUGUGUGUGACUGUUUUAUUUUUUUAUGGUAACUUAGUAUGUGGUUCUCAAGUGUAAACCCUGUGUAUAACAACAUUGUGUCCCAUUGUUAUACAAAAUAGAUGUGUUUAUGGUCUCAAAACUCACAAGUCACAGGUUGAACACCUCUGAAAUGAAAUGGCUCAAGAAAUGUCUUCACCCAAUGUAAUCCAGAGAAACCAACAGUUUGGACACCCCCAAUACUAGUCUUUGAGAAGUUUUCAGAAGAAAGGAGAUGGACACGUUCUUUUAUAAUUAUAAUAAAACAAAACCCCCAAACUAA